UUUGCGAACGUUAGAAUUAGUUUCUGGUGCUGAUAUAUCGGCGGGACGAGGAGUUAUUUAAGAGAGGAAGCAAGGAGUUAUUGCGUUGGAAGAUGUUGUUGUUUUUAAUUCGUAUGUAUUUCUUGUUGUUUGUUGAAAUCUUACGGUGUUUGAUUUGAUGAUGUUGUAUUUUGGUAAAUGCAUUCAGUGUGCUUUAGACUUUCGUCGCGUUAAGUGUGCUAAAAAAGUGAAUAGUGAUUUUUAAAAAGUGAAAAAAAGUUCCUGUGAAUGCGUAAAAAUGGAAAAUAAUAAGUUGAAAACUUCUACAGCCGAUGACAACAUUGAAAAUUUAUUAAAAAUAUGGAAGCUGGAACACUUACAGAACCACUUUGUCGAACACCGUAUUACUCAUGAAGUGUUAAGCAUAUUGACACCACGGCAUAUAGAAAUAUUAUUUCAGGGAUUGGCAGUAGGAGAUAUGGCGAUAUUUCAAAAGAAUUUAAAACAGUGUCAACUAGAAUCCAACAAUGCAGAAAAAACCCCUAAAACAAAUACCACUUUGGAAUUCAGUGAUUGUGGUUUAGUCAAAAAACCAGUUCCACCAGUAAAGGAUAUGCUGAUGGAUUCACAGAAUGGGAGAUUGCUUUUAAAGCAUUAUGCAAAGCAUAAUCUUUUCAACGAGCAACAGCGCAACUUACUUAUAAACACACUCGCUAAGUAUAUUGAGUCUAAGGGAUAUCCUUGCUCACUUGCGGAUAGUGAUGAAAUAGAAAAUCAAAUUUGUGUGCUAUUUCCAACGGAGUCGAAGGAUUAUUACACUUCGGGAAAAAGGGGUAGAUUGUAUAAUAAAAUAUACAAUUUAAAACGAUACACCAAAAGUCUAUCGAAGGAGAAUGAACCUAUUUGUGGAUCUGUAAAUAAAACGACCGAAAGCAAAAAAUUUGUUCCAGAAGCUGAGUCAGAUUUCGCUCUCCGUGGUAUUCGAAACGAAAAUACUACUGCUGACGAAUUCGAUAUUUACUGGAGAAAAUGUUCUCAGCUUAGAUUUUCCCAAAUUGAACAUUCAGAGAGCACAAAUGACAUUUUGAAAAUUUGGCCGGAGUACAAAAAGCCUUCUGGAAUUAGUAUGAUCGAUAUAGAUUUUUCACUUAAAUACCCUAAAUCCUGUAAUCUUAUUUUAAAGUGGCCACUUUACGAGAGGAAAAUCUGGCAUUUAAUAUCAUCUAAAAUUUCAUCCAAAUUGAAUCAAAAAUUUUUUUAAUAUUUUGGAAUUUGCACCAUAUUUUUCCACCACAACAAAAGCAAAUAACAGACAAAACUGGCGCAAAAAUUAAAAGGAAGUACUCCAUACCUAACUCACAAAAUUCUUUUGCUCUUAUUGCCGAAAACAACAAAGAAAUGGAUUUAAAAGUGGAACUGUUAAAACUGCGCAAUACCAAUAUCCAGCCUCUACUGCUUGUUACGGGAGAACCGCAAAAUGUCAAACAAAUAUACAUUUAUUUCGAUGGAAUACGUUUUCCAAUUUUAAAAGUUUUAACGGCUGUAGAUUUGUUGUUUAAAAUAUUUUUUGUAUUUAAUUUAGAAUUUCCCGACGAAUCUAAUAUUUUUUACAACUUUAUUCAAACCUUUUUCUAUGAAAUUAAAUUUGACAAGAAAUGUCCAAAAAUCGCUAUGAUACAAAAUGAAAUUUUAAAUUUAACGUAAAAACUAAAAUGUAAAUCACACCAUUUGUAAGACUUGAUUCGUUUUAUAACCACUUUUUAAUUAAUUAUAUAUUUCAAUGCAACAAUUGAAAGAUUUAAUUUUUAUUGUAUGUAAUCAUUCCAUUCCCUUUGUAUAUAAAUAUAUAUUCUUAUUCUAUGAAUUAUAUAAAAAUAAACCCAAAAUUGUAUGUUCAUUAAAUACAUUACUUCGUUGUUUUUUCUUGUUGUUGUCAUACGAGACACAUACAUAACAUAUAUACAUAAAUGUGUGUAUGUAUAUAUUUUUUGUGUUUGUAUUUUACAAAAAAAAAAAAACAACAAAGGGUUUGCCUACAUGAACAUUUCUUGAU